GGCUCCCGGCCCCGCUCCCCCAGGCGCGCGCGGGCAUGCAAACCCGGAGCCGGCGGCGCGCCCCGGGCCGCUGCUGAGCCGGCCGGGCCGGCGGGGAGCAGCGCCGGCCGAGGGUUCCCGAGCUUGCGGCUGGGUCCCGCGCGCGGCGCUCCGGUACCCCCUGUUCGCCGCCACCCCGCCAGCGCCACCCCCCGCGGGCAGCAGGGGCUCAUGCAGCCGCCAAGGUCCUUAUUGAUCUCCGAAAGCGCGUGUCUGGCGUCGCGGCGGCCCGGAGAGCAUCGCGCCACCUAACGGACACGGUGCGCCGCGCGCUCCCGGCGGCCGCCUAGUUGGAAACUCUCCAAAGUGGUCGCGGCGGGGCGAGGCUGCUGGGAACUGGCCGCGCUGGAUGGAUGGGCAUGGGGAGAGGGGUCGCGCGUGCAGCCCUGGGAAUCGCUCCGCUCCUCGCCUUCCUCGUCUGCAGCUUCCCGCCAGCCACCUCCCCGUGCAAGAUCCUCAAGUGCAACUCGGAUUUCUGGAGCGCCACAGCAGGCGGCCACGCGGCAGCGGCCACGGGGGACGACACGCCCGAGUUCUGCGCGGCGCUGCGCACCUACGCACUGUGUACGCGGCGGACGGCGCGCACGUGCCGCGGGGACCUGGCCUACCACUCGGCCGUGCACGGCAUCGACGACCUCAUGGGCCAGCACAAUUGCUCGCGGGACGGCCCGACGGCCCAGCCGCGCCCGCGCACGCCGCCGCCACCGCCGCCUGGGGACAGCCAGGAGCGCUCGGACAGUCCCGAGAUCUGUCACUACGAGAAGAGUUUCCACCGCAGCGCCGCGCCCAACUACACGCACUGUGGCUUCUUUGGGGACCCGCACCUGCGGACUUUCACCGACCUCUUCCAGACCUGCAAGGUACAGGGCGCCUGGCCGCUUAUCGACAAUAACUACCUGAAUGUGCAGGUCACCAACACACCCGUGCUGCCCGGCUCGGCCGCCACCGCCACCAGCAAGCUCACCAUCAUCUUCAAGAACUUCCAGGAGUGUGUGGACCAGAAGGUGUACCAGGCCGAGACGGACGAGCUGCCAGCCGCCUUCGCCGACGGCUCCAAGAACGGCGGGGACCGGCAGGGCGCGGGCAGCCUGAAGAUCACCGAAAAGGUGUCGGGCCGGCACGUGGAGAUCCAGGCCCGGUACAUCGGCACCACCAUCGUCAUCCGCCAGGUGGGGCGCUACCUGACCUUCGCCGUGCGCAUGCCCGAGGAGGUGGUCCACGCCGUGGAGGACCGGGAGGGCCAGGGCCUCUACCUGUGCCUGCGGGGCUGCCCCCGCAACCAGCAGAUCGACUUCCAGGCCGUGCGGGCCGCCCCCAGCCCCGCGCCCGCCCUCCCCGGCGCCACCUUCCCCUACGAGACGGCCGUGGCCAAGUGCAAGGAGAAGCUCCCGGUGGAGGACUUGUACUACCAGGCCUGCGUCUUCGACCUGCUCACCACGGGAGACGUGAACUUCACCCUCGCCGCCUACUACGCGCUGGAGGACGUAAAGGCGCUGCACGCCGACAAGGAGCGGCUGCAUCUCUAUGGGCGGACUCGGGAGCCCCCCGGCCGGGCCGCCGCUCCCGGCCCACCCCCAGCCGCCGGGACCCUCAUCGGAGGCGUCCUGCUCCUCUUUCUGCUUCUGGAGGCUGUGUAACCCCCACCCCCACCCUGCCCCUACCUCCGGAUGCCAGCUGUAGGGGACGCCCUCUGGGCUGCAGGAACUGGGCACGGGGUGACCAGAGCUGUGAUGGUCUGGAGGAAUAGGUCCCUGUAGUGUGGGGGCCACUCCAGCCCCCCCAACCUUGCCCCGCCAGAGG